GCUCGCUUACCUUAUACUUACCACCUUAUAGCAGCGGUGGCCUCAUCUAGACGCACCGCUGGAGCCAUCAAAAGGCAACAAUAACAACUAACUCUUUCAAAGAACGCUAUAAAAGCGAACGCAGAUUUGUGGCUACUAGUCAAAAAGUAGUCGCCAACAGCAUGCUGAGAACUAUAUCGAUUUGUGUUCUUAUCGCGUUCAGUGGGGCCAUCAUGGCAGAAGGAAAGCCUGUCCUUAUUAAGGUUUUUGCUCCCAGCGGAGGCUACUCCAGUGGCAGUUACCAGAAUACAGUGGGAGCAUCGCCUGACACCACCCAGCUCAUCUCCAGCCUUAUAUCUUCAAAAAUUCAACUGUUAAACAGCGUGCUACAGGCCAAAUCUUCUUCCGGGAGCUUCCGUAUUGGUUUCAAUAAGUCUGUAAAGUUUUUCGGUCCCACAAGCGCCACUAGCACCACCGAACAGCCCGUGACACACCAUACCACCGAGGUAAACACAGACUUUGCUCCGGAUGAAUCUAGUAGGACUACUCAACUUUUUUACUCGACAACAACAGAGGGUUCUGUCGAAACGCCGAUCCCUACUUUACAUCCCGAGCUACCAGCCAGUACCACUGCAGGGAUCACAAUAGGGACCACCACAUCGGUAACACAUCCACCCAUCUCGACGACAGCAACUUCUGGCUACUCCUAUCGCACUCCCACUACCCAUCCAUUAGUUCAGUGAAAACCCAUUUCUUGCCAACUUAAAUAUCGUCGUCCUAGCAAUAUUCGCAAAUGAGUAAACUUCGUCAAUUAAGUAACAAAGUUGCGAUGAAUUAGAAGAACUGUUUUUUAAGUUAAUCUAGCUAUAAAUAACGCAGUAGGUUGUCGCUCGUUGUUCAUUAUCACAACAGAUUGUGUGCGAUUGUUGUCUGACUAGUCAUUGGGAUUAUUGGCAUAGAAACCGGUUUUUAAAGAAUUAGGUGGGCUACAAGGCAAAUAUUUAAUGUUUCAUUAACUGCUGUUUUCAGAUUUACAGGCAGAUUCUAGCGCGUGUUUCUUGACACAUCUACAAAUAGUUUUUUGGUUCAAGGCAAUCGAUUUUGUAUGUCUGGGCAUAACAAUCAAAAUCUCAGAUCUACGUAUGUUAAAGAUUUUUAGGUUUAUAGAUUUUUUGUAUACAUACAUUAUAUGGCACGUUCGUAGCUAUUAACGCAUUGCUUAUUUUCAAAUUUGCUAAUGUUGGG